AUGGAUCCACCGAGCUCUUGGGACUCCUUGAGGAAACAGGCAAGGAAGGUUGAAGCAAUGCUGGAUGAGCAGAUGCAUUUAUAUCGUAAACAAGUUGCGACCAAAGUUGAUGGUAGCAAGGAUAAUGAUCUUGAAUCUGGAAUAGAUCAAUUACUUAAACAGCUUCAGCAAGUAAAUUCUCAAAUGCAAGCUUGGGUAUCAUCUGGAGGUUCAGAAAUAUUUUCUCAUACAUUGACUCGCCAUCAGGAAAUUCUACAAGAUAUUUCUCAAGUUGAAGAAGGGUUGUGGGCUUUAUUGAUGAGAAUGAAUCGAUAAAGGAGUUGGAAGUUCGGAGAAUAACUAAGAUGGUAUCAGAGUAUAGAUUUGAAGGCCAAAAUUUAAGGGAAUCUACGGAAUUCCUUAGAGCUUGAUUAGGAAAGGCUUUACAAUAGCUCCAUGUGAAAUUCCAGGACAAUACCUUUUCUUUUUGCAUUCUCUGCAUCACUCUCCUCAUUCUCUGCUAAACUUGUCCUCAGGUAAUUU